AUGGGAGAAGAACUCUGCAGCGAGACGGCAAACGUUGUAGAAGGAAGAGUAGGGAGUAGAUCGGCUUACAGAAACACGAUAAGCAAUGGGGAGCGUCGCUGGCCGUGGAGAGCCCUGGGUUAUCGUCUGGCGACGACAGGCAUCGAGCGAUGCGAGCGAGAUAAGAUCGACAUGGAGAAGCAGGGAAGAAUGGCGGCGGCAAGAAGGACGACUGCGGAGAUGACGGAUGACGGCGGCUCGUGGUCGACGGGGGAAAGAGAGCGCAAGGAAGGCCACGCGACAGCGGAAGGCGUAGGAGAGGGACGUGGUAUAUGA